AUGUCUGCAGAACCUGAUCACGCCCAUGACAAGAAGAAGGUCAACCUACAUGAUGCUUCGGGCGCGGAAAAGAGAGAGGUACGGAUUUCUCCCGGCAACCUCCAUGGUGACGAAUCCCAGACUGACAAAGCUAUCCAGGAGCUUGAUACGGCCACAGCCAUCCUGAAAAAGAAGAAGAAGCCAAACUCAUUGAUUGUGACCGAUGCUACGAACGAUGAUAACUCCAUCAUUGCUCUCUCAAACAACACCAUGGAGACGUUACAACUGUUCCGAGGCGAUACAGUCUUGGUCCGAGGAAAGAAACGAAAGGACACCGUCUUGAUCGUCCUAGCCGAUGACGACCUCGACGAUGGAAGCGCUCGUAUCAACAGAGUGGUUCGCCACAACCUUAGAGUCAAGCACGGCGAUAUCAUCACUGUUCACCCUUGUCCUGACAUCAAAUAUGCGAAGCGCAUUGCUGUUCUUCCUAUCGCAGAUACCAUCGAGGGUCUGACCGGGUCUCUCUUCGACGUCUUCCUCGCCCCCUACUUCCGCGAAGCCUACCGGCCUGUCCGACAAGGAGACCUCUUUACAGUUCGAGCCAGUAUGAGACAAGUCGAAUUUAAAGUGGUCGAAGUCGAUCCCCCGGAGUACGGCAUUGUGGCCCAAGAUACCGUUAUUCACUGUGAAGGAGACCCGAUCCAGCGUGAAGACGAGGAAGGAAACUUGAACGAGGUCGGAUACGAUGAUAUUGGUGGUUGCAGAAAGCAGAUGGCUCAGAUCCGCGAAUUGGUGGAGUUGCCACUGCGACAUCCCCAGCUGUUCAAGUCGAUCGGGAUCAAACCUCCCCGAGGUAUCCUCAUGUAUGGCCCUCCGGGUACUGGUAAGACCCUGAUGGCACGAGCUGUCGCCAACGAAACCGGUGCUUUCUUCUUCCUGAUCAACGGCCCCGAAAUCAUGUCAAAGAUGGCUGGUGAAUCAGAAUCCAACCUGCGGAAAGCUUUCGAGGAAGCUGAGAAGAACUCUCCUGCCAUUAUCUUCAUCGACGAAAUCGACUCUAUCGCACCAAAGCGAGAGAAGACCAACGGCGAGGUAGAGCGACGUGUCGUCUCGCAACUGCUCACUCUCAUGGAUGGCAUGAAGGCGAGGUCCAACGUGGUCGUGAUGGCUGCCACCAACCGACCCAACUCGAUCGAUCCCGCCCUUAGACGAUUUGGUCGAUUUGAUCGUGAAGUCGACAUCGGUAUCCCGGACCCGACUGGCCGUCUGGAAAUUCUGCAAAUCCACACCAAGAACAUGAAAUUGGCCGAAGAUGUUGACCUUGAGUCGAUCGCCGCCGAGACUCACGGUUACGUCGGUUCUGAUAUUGCAUCACUCUGCUCCGAGGCCGCCAUGCAGCAGAUUCGUGAGAAGAUGGAUUUGAUCGACCUGGACGAGGACACAAUCGAUGCCGAAGUGUUGGAUUCGCUGGGAGUCACCAUGGAAAACUUCCGGUAUGCCCUGGGUGUCUCCAAUCCCUCUGCUCUCCGCGAGGUGGCGGUUGUCGAAGUUCCCAACGUUCGCUGGGACGAUAUCGGUGGUCUCGAGGGUGUCAAGCGCGAACUCAUCGAGUCUGUGCAAUACCCUGUCGACCACCCCGAGAAAUUCCUCAAAUUCGGUCUUUCACCAUCUCGAGGAGUGUUGUUCUACGGUCCUCCCGGAACCGGUAAAACUAUGCUUGCCAAAGCCGUGGCCAACGAAUGUGCCGCAAACUUCAUCUCCGUCAAGGGUCCUGAGCUUCUCAGUAUGUGGUUCGGCGAGUCUGAAAGCAAUAUCCGAGAUAUCUUCGACAAGGCGCGUGCCGCAGCUCCCUGUGUCGUCUUCCUUGACGAACUUGACUCGAUUGCCAAAUCCCGUGGUGGUUCCGUGGGUGAUGCCGGUGGUGCAUCUGACCGGGUUGUUAACCAGCUCCUCACUGAAAUGGAUGGCAUGACCUCGAAGAAGAACGUCUUUGUUAUCGGCGCUACCAACCGACCUGAGCAACUCGACAAUGCUCUUUGCCGACCCGGACGUCUGGACACUCUUGUCUAUGUCCCCCUUCCCGACGAAGCAUCCCGUGAAUCCAUUCUCCGGGCGCAACUGCGCAAGACUCCUGUCGCUGGAGAUGUGGAUCUUAAAUACAUUGCCAGCAAGACCCAUGGUUUCUCCGGUGCCGAUUUGGGCUUCGUCACACAACGGGCUGUCAAACUCGCCAUCAAGGAGUCGAUUGCCGCAGACAUUGAAAGACAGAAGGAACGUGAGGCCGCUGGCGAGGAUGCCAUGGACGCCGACGAAGGCGAGGAUCCCGUCCCCGAGCUGACCCGACGACACUUUGAAGAGGCCAUGCAAGCUGCCCGGCGGUCCGUUAGCGAUGUGGAGAUUCGCCGCUAUGAAGCCUUUGCACAAGCCAUGAAACAGAGCGGUGGUAGUGCUUUCUUCAAAUUCCCUUCUGCUGGUCAAGAAGCCGAUGCCGCCAACGGUACUGGCUUUGGUGAUGCUGGCAAUGAUGACAGCUUGUACGACUAA